AUGGAUAAACUCGAUUUUGGUCCACCUGGUAUAUUUACUAAUGCUAUUAUCAAUAAACCAGAUGUGACUUCACUAAUACGCGACCCAUCUGAAGCUGAGCUGAGUCUUUACAAUAUAGGCAAGGGCUCGGGAUUGGGAAGUCUGACACUACGGUGCAAGGAUGACAAAGGUUCAGCAGACCAGCUAAUUGACCUUCAACCACAGAGAAUUGAUGGAAAAAGAGUAUUCGAAGAAGAGAGUGAUGGAUCAGCAGUUGUGAAAGUACCACGCUUGGUCAACGUUCCAGACAACGAUAGAUUAGAGAACAUCGAGGCAUUAUCCUCGCCGACGAAGAAGCGGAUAAUGAGCCAAUAUAAUUUGAUCCCUUCAAACGUUUUGGAGUCGGAAGAUUUUGAAUUAGCAUUCACCACUGCUAGCGACGUGAUACUGAAGUACCCGAACAUUGUGAACGAUACUGAUAUAAAAGACACGCUCAAAGGCAUUCGAGAAGAAUACGAUCAGCUUCUUGGAGAAACUGAAACAUUAGAGAAAGCAGUGCAGAGGCAGAAAGAUGAGCUAGGCGCCCAGGGAGGCAGCAUCUAUGAGCUCGAGUCUCCAGGUAGAGAUAUCGAUGAACUUAUCAGAAUCGAAGAGGAAUCCAUCCAGAAGCUUGAAAAAGAACUCGAAGCUGCCAAAGCCUAG